AUGCUUGUUAUAGCUUUACAUCAACUGCAUGUGGCAGAUUUCCCUCGAAAUUUCAACUUCAAGUUAAUAAGUUAUUCAUAUUUUCUUAAUAUGACUGAAGAAGAAGACUGGGAUGCUGAGUUAGAGGGCGGCGGAACAACAUCAACUGUAACCGCAAAGCCCGUAUACGAUGCAUGGAAUAAUUCAGAAUGUCAAAAUUCGUAUGUCGCUGAAAAUCAACGUUCGCCGCAGAAAAGUGUAAAUGGGUUUGCACGGUCACGGGGGAGAGGUGAAUGGGGCUCAGGUCGGUCUGAUAGAAACAACUGGCGUGAUCGAGAUGAAAAUGGUGGUCAGGGUGGUGGAUUCGGGAGAGGGAAUCGAGGGAGAGGAUUUGGUAGAGAUGAAGGGAGACGCGGCGGAGGAAGGGGAGGAUCAUUCGGUGGUGGAUGGUCAUCUAGAAAUGAAAACAAUGAAGAACACGGCACCGAGAACCAAUCAACUAUGUAUGUUGAGUCUUCAUCUGUUGGAAGAAUUAUUGGUAAAGGUGGCGCCAAAAUUAGAGAGCUACAAGACAACAGUGGAGCAAGAAUAAAGGUAACCAGGGAAGAAAAUGACAAUGGAGAGACAAAGAUUGAAAUAACAGGAUCACCAGAGGUUGUAGCUAAAGCCAAAGAACUGAUAACAGAAACAGUCAACCCCGUGGACAGAAUGGGAAGGUCAUUUGGACGAAUGUCUACAAAUGAAGCAAGUUCAAACUCCACAAGUGACAGUAGUCCGGCACCAGUAAUCAACUGGGCUAUGAUUCGAGCCAACAAGGAUGCUAAUGAGAAGUUGAAAUUCAAAGAUCUCCCCGAGAUUAGGAAGAACUUUUACAUAGAGGAUCCCAGAGUUGCUAAUAUGCAUCCAGAGGAAAUUGCCCAUAUAAGAAAGACCAAUAAUGACAUCAUUGUGAAAGACCUCAGUAAAGACGGGGACAAGAGGAUCCCUAACCCAGUCAGAACGUUUGAAGAGGCUUUCCAGCAUUAUCCUGAAAUUUUGGAUACCAUUUAUGCCCAGAGUUUCAAAGUUCCUUCACCAAUUCAGAAACAAGCAUGGCCAGUACUUUUACAAGGGGAUGACUUAAUAGGAAUUGCGCAGACUGGUACAGGAAAAACUCUGGCAUUUUUGUUGCCAGCCUUCAUACAUAUUGAUCAGCAACCAGUACCCAGGGAAGAGAGAGGUGGUCCCAAUGUUCUGGUGUUAUCACCGACCAGAGAGCUCGCAUUACAGAUAGAGGCUGAAGUCAAGAAGUUCCAUUACAGGGGUAUAAAGAGUGUUUGUGUUUAUGGUGGAGGCAACAGGAGGGAGCAAAUUAAUGUGGUGACCAAGGGGGUGGAGAUUAUUGUGGCUACCCCAGGACGUCUGAAUGAUCUUGUUAUGAACAAGAUAGUGAAUGUCAAAUCUGUUACCUACUUGGUGCUAGAUGAAGCAGACAGAAUGUUAGAUAUGGGAUUUGAGCCAGAAAUCAAGAAGAUUUUGUUAGAUAUCCGUCCAGAUAGACAGACUGUGAUGACCAGUGCCACCUGGCCACCUGGAGUCCGACGUUUAGGGGAGAGCUACCUUAAGGACCCAAUACAGGUGUUUGUGGGCUCUCUGGAUUUGGCUACAUGCCACUCCGUGACCCAAUAUAUAGAAAUCAUUGAACAAGAAGAAAAGAAAGAAAGGCUCAUCACAUUCAUCACAGAGGAAAUGGAUGCAGAUGACAAAGUUUUGGUAUUUGUAGGGAAGAAAUUAACUGCAGAUGAUUUAUCCAGUGAUCUGUCCCUUAAUAUGAUCAACUGCCAGUGUAUUCAUGGAGACAGGGAGCAGUGUGAUAGAGAGCAAGCCUUGGAAGACUUCAAAGAGGGACACACUAGAAUACUGGUGGCCACUGAUGUUGCUUCUCGGGGGCUCGAUGUCAAAGAUAUUACGCAUGUUUUCAACUAUGACUUUCCAAGGAAUAUGGAGGAGUAUGUUCACCGAGUGGGGAGAACCGGGAGAGCAGGGAAGACGGGAAAAUCCAUCACACUGAUUACUAGGUCAGAUUGGAGGUCGGCUGCCCACCUAAUCGAGAUUUUAGAGGAGGCAAACCAGAUUGUGCCUGAUGAGCUACUAAGCAUGGCACGGCGGUACGAAGCCCACAAACAGAAGAUGCAGGAGGAGCGUGCUAACGGUACAUACCGCCCCAGGGGUGGGGGGCGGGGCAGACGCAGAGAGGAGGGGGUCUACCUCUGCAUGGAUGGGGUGCCCUGAUGUCAAAGUCAGGGAAGUUAAAAGGGCCAGUUCAUAGCACCAGUUUGGUGCCAAAAAAACCAAGACCACUGAUGUAGUUUACUACGAAGGAGAUUUUAAUCAACCUGACAGUGCAAUACAGAGUAGUCUAAAAGUUGUCCGCACUAAACGACAACUUGUACAUUAUUUUUUUUAUGUGACUUGAAAGAAUCAAGAAAAUUUUGUAUUUUGAUUGUGCUUUCAUUAAAUAUAUGUGAAUGUACUGAAUAAUUACAUUUUAAUGACAUUAAAAAAAAAUACAUGUACAGCAAAUGGGUAAAAUAUGAGCUUAAUCUUGACAAGUUUAAACUCUGCAUUUUUGUCGAAAAAUUUUCGUCAUAUAAUUUGAUGAAAAUACCAAAAGCUCACAAACUCUGAGGUAUAGUUUUUAAAUAGGUAAUAGAAGCAACAGCUCAGUUAGAUAUUGUGAUAAUUCAGUUUCAAUAUGUAUUUUACAGUUACAUGUAAAUGUGUUGCUGUUUAAUAAAUGUAUCAGAAUGUAUUUGAAACCAGAGACAAAAGCUUGUCACUGAAACAUUAUUAUAGUAUGAACCUGUGCAAAUGAUGUUAAGCUAAAUAUUCUGUAAAGUCCAAAAGUCUUGUUCAAAAUGCCUAGCAUGUCCAUAAAGUGUCUCCACAUGAAAAAUUUUGUUGAUGAAUGUAAUCAAAUGUUUAAUUAGAUACUGGUUGUGUAUAUUGUUCAGUCUUGUUUUGUUAUAAGUUCUUCAUUAAAGUUUCUAAUAUUCAA